AUGGACACCAAAUCCAACCCCCAGCGCGAACAUACACGUCGUGGCUUCAACAUUAGUCAUCAAAAAGUAGUGCUGGAGAUUGACUUUUCCGGGUGCCUUUGGGGCUACACGGAGAUUACGAUUGUUCCGACGAGCAAAGAACUCAGAACGGUCCAUCUCCACUCGCGCCAGUGCACCAUCCAAACGGUCACUGUCGCCAACCAACCCGCGGAAUUUAUACACCACGACCCACUAGCGAAUCUCAGCCUUGGAGGGCCACCCGAGUCUAUCGAUUGUCACCGACACCCGGAACUCAAGCGUAAACUUUAUACCGCACUACAAGAGGGGGAGGAUGGGGAGCUAGCAAUAGCGAUUCCGGCUGAGGUCUUGGUCAAGCCGGCUGGGGGCUCUGAGAACUCAAUGGUCAAUGACUUUGCAACACCAGAGCCGUCAACACCUGGACCCUCCUCCCAGGCCGCACAAACAGCGACUGAAUUUGCCCCCAUCUGCAUCAAUAUUGCCUACAGUCUUCGGAACCCUGUUGAUGGCUUCCAAUUCGUAGUCCCUACCGAAUCCUAUCCCUACCGAGUUCCUCAUGCUUACACCACUCCUUCUUCUCCCGACGCUGCCAGAUGCUGGGUCCCUUGUGUUGACACUGGUCGAGAAAAAUGCACCUGGGAAUUCGAAUUUGUGGUCCCGAGAUACCUGGAAGAUGUUGCCUUUGAUGAUCCUCCUCCCGACGCAAACCCAACCCUGGUUGUAUGUAGUGGAGAGCUAGUUGAACAGGUCGCACAUCCAUUCAGUUCACACAAGACUAUUUUUCUGUUUUCCCAACCGGUGCCAACCUCCGUCCAGCAAAUCGCCUUCGCUGCUGGUCCAUUCCAUCUGCUCUCGAUUCCCUCGGACCAUUUCGUCGAGGAAGGCAACUCGACGCAACCUCCGAUGUAUGCCUUCUGCCUUCCUGGCCACGAAUUGCCCAUGACAACGUCAACAUCUACUCUACGCUCGGCCAUGAGCUUCUUCACCUCCGAGUUUGGAUCCUACCCCUUCGGAUCAUAUAAACUAGCCUUUGUCGAUGAGAUGCCGAUGCAGAGAUUCGAUAGCUCAACAUUAUCGCUUCUCAGUGUGGACUUGCUGUAUAGCGAGGAUGCUAUCGAGCAGGCUCUGGAAACUCGACACGCUUUGGCGCACGCUUUGGCUUGCCAGUGGAUGGGUGUCAACAUCCAACCAAAAGUUCAGUCAGACACUUGGUUGGUGAAUGGCUUGUCGCUGUACAUCACUGGUCUCUAUAUCCGAAAGUUGCUUGGGAAUAACGAAUAUCGUUUUCGGCUCAAGAAGGACAUGCAACGCGUUGUUGAAAGAGACAAUGGCACAGUCCCGCCUUUGUGCCAACCGACGCGCUUGGAGCCCCCAGAUGCCUCGGAAUUACCCUUUAUGAAUCUCAAAGCCCCUUUGGUCCUGCAUUGUCUGGACCGGAAACUUGGCAAGAGCGGUACUUCGCUCGGCCUAUCACGAGUUCUGCCCAAAAUCUUCUUGUCAGCGUUGACGGGAGAUAUGACAACACUAUCAACGCAGGUGUUUCUGAGGACUUGUCGAAAGGUCAGCGGUGUCGAUUUACGGACAUUCGCGGACCAGUGGAUAUACGGCAGCGGUUGCCCCACAUUUUUCUUCGCGGCGAGCUUCAAUCGCAAGAAGAUGGCGGUUGAGAUAACGAUGAGGCAAGAUUGUCCGGCAUACCGAUUUCACGAAGGAAACGAGUACAUGAUGGCGCUUAAUAAGCCUAUCCAGACUUUCGAGGGGCAAAUGACAGUGCGGAUUCACGAAGCCGAUGGGACACCAUACGAGCACGUGCUCGACAUUCAAUCGAACUUCAAGAGGUAUGAGGUGCCGUUCAACACCAAAUACAAACGAGUUCGGCGGAAUACGAAGCGGUAUCUUGCGAGACAAGCCGCUGCCCAGGCAGCAGCAGAGGGAGAUCAAGAGGCUGCGGAGGCAAUGGGGUUGGUAGAUAUGGGGUUCGGACUGGAGAUUUGGGAGAAGGAGAGCGAACGAAACAACUGGAAAGUAGAGGACUGGACGGAAGAGGACGAGAACAUGAUGAACGGGGCAACAUAUGAGUGGAUUCGCAUCGAUGCCGACUUUGAGUGGCUUUCGGACCUCAAUUUUGACCAGCCGGACUUCAUGUGGGUCUCACAGCUGCAACGAGACCGAGAUGUUGUAGCGCAGCUCGAGGCUUUGCGAGCUCUAACAAAACAGCCGACGGCAAUUGUUUCAAGCACAUUGACCAAAACAGUCCUUGUCACCAAUUACUACUUUCGCAUCCGCUGUGAAGCUGCAUUGGCCCUUGUUCAUUGUUCCAUCCAUAAACUCAAAUAUCUGGGUUUAUUUCAUCUCUUCAAGUUGUUUCUAAGAUAUUGUUAUGAACCGGAGGAUCCGAAACAAGACCUUUUUGCACAUACUUACGUGCCAAAGCCGAACGACUUUUCCGACUUUUCCGAGUAUUUCGUUCGCAAGAGUCUCAUCGUUGCCAUAUCUCGAGUUCGUUUCGACAACGGCAAAUCACCUUCCAUUGUCCGAAAGUUUCUCAUUGAUCAGCUUCGUUAUAACGACAACACUGCCAACUCAUUUGCAGACGGCUUUUAUAUCUGCAACAUCAUUGCUGCAGCUGCCCACGCGACCGUUUCACUGGCCUCGCCAGAGCGUGGCGAACUUCUGCCAACCGAAGUUCGCAAUGAGUACAACGAGGAAGAUGCCGAUCUCUUGCAACAGAUCGUAUCUGAAGUCGACCGUUAUCGGAGUAUGGACAGGCUCAUACCCUCGACUCACAACAACGUCACAGUUGCAGCUUUGGAGUUCUAUAUGAUUCUCAUGGUUGCCAACCUCAUUCCUAGUGCCCCCUUGCAAUUCUUCCCAUUAACGCGUGAGGGUAACUACACACCCGUCCGCAUCGCUGCCUUCGAUGGCCUCUUCUUGACCAAGUGGUAUACACCGCUCAUCAUGAAAUAUGUACUUUCCGUGAUGGCGUACGACCCUUCGCGAAGUAUUCGACGGCAUGUUGCCCGUAGCGCAUGCACGAGCCUCGCCCUCCUUGUUCAAAUGGGAGAAAUGAAGGUGAACUCGAAGGAAUCGGAGUCGCUUUUGAUUGAAGAAGACGGUUCGACACCUGCCAACCACAAUCAGUCCAGGAAAACUGAGAUGGAAGCUAUGAUCAAAGCUUUGCGGAAGGACAAAGAAGUUGGCAAGAACGAGGUUUUUCGGGAGCUUAUGAUGCCGUUGGCAUUAUCACCAGAGAUUGACCAUGACGUCCGCUGGGGUUUGCUCAAACUCGCAGACCUACUCCUUAAGCCCGUCGACGAGGUUGCGCCGACGGUCAAACUGCAUAUCCCUGCCAACCCAGUGCCCGAAACUCCGCCUCCAGAGCAAUCUCCUGUUUUACCCAUCAAGCUGAAGAUUGCUGGUCCCGUUGCCCCCAGUCCCGUCAUCCCGGCUCCACCAACACCCAAACUCAUUCUUCAUGCCCCGACCUCUAUUCCUAGAGUCAUUCCUAAACCCCCUAUACGUGCUCCCAGCGCGGACGUACAGGCCAAAGUGAAAUUUGCGGUUCCUGCAGUUCCAUUGAAGGCACGGGCUCCUCCCAAACCAAGGGCUCCGCCGCCGCCGCCAGUACCGCCCAAAGCUAACGGCGUGGCAAAGACACCAAAAAAGCCGCCCGCUCAAGCCAAGGCUCAGGCGUCGGGAAUGUCUUUGAAUGAUCUCAAGGCUACUCGGGUGGUGUUAAAAAAACUGCAGAGCAACAAGCACGCCAAAAUCUUCUUACAACCUGUCGACCCUGUCCGCGACAGUGCACCAAACUACUUCUCCGUGGUCAAAGAACCUAUUGACUUAGGCACCAUCUCGCAGAAGCUCGAGCAAGGACAAUAUGCAGAUCGUUUUGCUUUCCGAGCCGAUUUUAUACUGAUGAUGAAUAACGCGAAGCUAUACAAUAAGCCUGGCUCGUUUGCUCUUGACGCGACUCUUGCAUUGGAAACGCACUUUGAGAAGCAUUGGGCAGUCAUUAACAAGACGCUGGAUGCCGCAAGGGCGAAGGAAGAACUCCAGGCACCUAAGCCGGAACCUCCACCUCCAACUGAGAUCGUCACCGUUCCCGCUGUGUCACAGCCGAUACCUUCGACCUCCAAAUCGGCACCUAUACUCAAGCUGAAACCGCCCCAGCCAACCGCGAACGGCAACAAGCCUUCUGUUAAGCCACCAAAGCGGAAGCCUGCUGUGGACCUUAAAGUCGAAGAGUCGGCUGUUGAACCACCCCCUCCACCCUAUGAGGACGAUGGAUCACAUGACAUCCUCCAAGAAGUUUUGGCUAUCGAGCGUGAAAGAGGAGAGCUUCAACAUCGCUCAACCGCAGUGGUCAAUGGGAAACCCAGCACGAAAGCUAAUGGGAAGCCCAACGGCAAACGGAAGAAAACCGAAGUUUCGACUGAAGAGGAGGACAACGCUGACCAUGCUCUUCUUGACUUGGUCUCGUCAAAGAAAGCGCGACCCUCACCAGUCGAAGCUUCUACAUCGAGUGCUCCGAAGCUUACUUUGAGCUUCUCCAAAGUCAAAGCCCCUACCACUGGACCAAAACCGUCAAGUCACCCUCCAGAAUCACGACCUGCAUCAUCCAAUUCCCACCGGCCGUCCACAAAAGGGAAAGAGAGAGAGAUUAGAGCACCCAAUCCGCGGCCGAAGACUGUUGGUUCGACUCCUAUCGACGAAAAGAAAUGCAAAGCAGUGUUGACGGCACUGAUGAAAGACCCCGCAAGUGCGAUCUUUCUUAGACCCGUUGACCCCAUACAAGAUGGUUGCCCUACAUAUCUGGACGAGAUCGCUCACCCCAUGGAUUUUGGGACAAUGUCAACCAAGCUAGAUGCACAUCUAUACCAAACGAUGGAGGAAUUCCGGGACGACGUGCAGCUGGUGUUUUCUAAUUGUCGACAGUUCAAUCCCCAGUUCACAUUUCCCUAUGAUUGUGCGGACGCGUUGGACAACUUGUUCAAAGACGAGUGGCCCAAGGCUAUGGAGCGCAAGAUUGCGGGCAAUGACAAACGAGGUCUUCAAGGCGUUCUGACGACUUUGGUGAAGGAUGAUCUAUCCUGGCUAUUCCGUGAACCAGUCGAUCCUGUCCUUCUGAAUAUUCCCACGUACUUCGACGUUAUCAAACAGCCCCGCGACCUGAAGUCAAUCCGAGCGAAACUCGUGGGUGACAAAUACGAGUCGAUUGAGGCGUUCGAAGCCGACGUCAAGCUCAUGACCGAUAAUGCAAUCCUGUUUAAUGGACAAUUGUCGGACGUUGGUCAAAUUGCCGUGAAGCUGCAGGAUAAGUUCGAGCAACUGUUACAAAAGUGGAAGGAAGGGAUGAACAAGAAACGGAAGGAACCGGAGAAGAGCAAUAACCCGCAGCCAGCGAAGAGACAGAAAAUGGGGUGA